CUGUGCGCUAUGGGGACGAUUGGAUAUCCGGGGUGACCAUUAAGGAGAAACAGCCACCAACGUCGCCCACUUCACCCACUGUCUGUCCGACGAAUUUCAUUCUCCACUACGCUGUACGUGGACCAAAGAACAAAUGGAGUCAUCACAGCGUAACGAUGAGCCACACAGACCCCAGACAGGUCGCCUCCUGGGUAAAGACCAUCCGAAAUUACCUCAUGGGGCUUACCCAUCGACCAAGGAAGGUCUUGCUGUUCGUCAACCCCUUUGGAGGGAAGAAGAAGGGGUUGAAGAUCUGGGAGAAAGAUGUGCAACCCCUAAUGACCAUUGCUGGCGUCGAGACGAAGAUGCUGGUCACGGAGAGGGUUGGAUAUGCUCGUGAUAUCCUCCUAACUGCUGAUCUCAGUGACUUCCACGCGGUGGUGUGCAUCGGUGGGGACGGCACCCUCGCGGAGGUGAUCAACGGUCUAGUGCUGAGGGCAUCGAGGGAUCGACAAAUCGACCCCAACAACUCGGAGGCGAUCUUACCGACGCCUAGACUCCCUAUCGGGGUGAUACCUAGCGGGAGUACCGACACAGUGGCUUACAGCCUCCAUGGAACCACCGAUGUGCAAACGGCUGCGAUACAUAUCAUUUUUGGCGACAAGACAGGCCUCGAUAUCUCCUCCGUGCACAGCGAUCAGACGUUGCUCAGGCUGUACGCCAGCAUGCUGAGUUAUGGCUAUCUGGGCGACGUGAUACGAGACAGUGAGAAAUUCCGAUGGAUGGGGCCCCAACGGUACGAUUAUUCGGGUUUCAAGAAGAUCCUUGCUAAUAAAGGUUAUGAAGGUGAGAUCCAUCUUCUCUCAGACCCCUGUCACCCGGCAACCAGCACAAGAUGCAUAAAGAAUUGCACCAGGUGUCUCCAACAUAUGCACAACAGCAUUCCUGAUAAAGAGAUAUCUAGAUGGGUGACUGUCAGAGGCAAAUUCUUUAUGGUGAAUGGUGCCAAUCUCGCCUGUGGAUGCGCCAGGAGUCCCAUGGGGUUCAGUCCCCACUGUCAUAUUGGAGACGGUUGUGUAGAUGUGAUUUUGGUUCGACACACUUCGUUUUUUAACAAUAUUCGGAUGUUACUGAGGUUGUCCAGCAAACAGAAGACUCUGUACGAUCUACCGUUCGUCGAGGUGUACAGAGCGAGGGAGUUCACGUUCCGCGCCCUACCUACCCUACACAUGCAGUCCAACAGCGAGAUUAGCAACCGUUAUCUGAACUCGAGUCUGAGUGUGUGGAACUGUGAUGGCGAAGUGAUCGAUAAUUCAAACGUGAAAAUCAGGGUACACUGCCAACUAGUGAACGUAUUCACGAGACGAGCCCAGGAACCAGUUCAUGGCCGGACCUGUUUCUGUUAGUGGCGGGUAGUUGAUCUACUCCAAUGUCGCGCUGUUUAAAAUAAGAAAACGACGAACGCGUGUUUCCGUGAGACAUGACGGCAUUCAAAUCGCAUAGUUCCUUCGACUUGCCCUAAUUAAUUGUUACCGUGAUAUCGCCACGUAACGCGUGACAACUGCGAAUAAUUGUCUAGCACGACGAUGAUAUCUCGAAAAUUCUAUGGUAUCUUGUCGUGAAA